AUGAUCCAAGCAUACUUGUCGGACCUGGCGCAGCACAUCAGCCUGCACCCCAGCUGUCGUGCCGAGCUGCGCCGUCAUUGGCCGGCCCCGCACUACCACAAGACACCCAAUGAUGUCUUUGAGGAAGCUGAAGAGCUACUCUGGCGCCAAUGCACUGAGGCCACUUCAGUCCCCUCCUCGACUACGGCGGUGAUUGGCGCUCAUUAUGAAAGUAAAACAAGCCGCAGUGCUGGGAUGUUCAACCCGUAUGAGACCUUCAGUCUGCACUUGAAGCGCAAGCGUAAGAAGCAAGCGAUAGCUGGUUCUCAACGCCACUUUAAGGACUUGUCUCUGGAGGAGCAGCAGCAGACGACAACAGAAACAUCGCUGUCGAAAGCGACGCGGCAGAUCAGCAGCAGCAACCUCAGCGUGAAGUCGACGAGCUCGGCACGCGUUAGUGGCGCUAUCCCGUCCACCCCCCGUACAUCUCCGCGCACGCGAUCCGGCAAUCUCGGAGGCGCAUCGGCCAUCACGGCAAAUCCGGCAGCCGCUGUGGACGCGAAGGGGAAGCGAGCAACUUUGUCAACGUCUGCAGCAAGCGAAGCCACGGCCGCAGUCAAGAAAACCAAAGGAACCAGCGCACCCGCUGCACGGCCCUCCGCGUCGGCUAGCAGCCCGGCGAAGGCCGCCACCGCCACCGUCGUCGCCGCCCCUCCUCCCCCUCCUUCUCCCGGCCCCCUCGCGAGUGUGUCCUCACAAAAACGCUCAAGCGGGGCGGCGGCGGAGGGCCCGUCGCCUCCGCUCUCCCGCGCAGCCGCAGUCACCCCCUCCAAGGCGGCGGCGGCAAAGAAAGAGUCCGCUGCAGCCCCCGUGAGCGCCGCAGAGGACUCCGGCUAUGCCAUACCGAAGCGAAACACGAGAAAACCCAAGUCAGCGGGCUGCGAUGCAAGCGAUACGAAACCGAAGAGAGCGGGCAGCAGCUCUACGGCGCCGGUCUCGCCGCGCGUUAACGCGACGACGACCUCAGGCUCUCCUAGAAGCGAGGUAUCCACUAAGAAAAAAAAGACCGCUGGCAGCUCGAGCAGCAAAGUGGGCAGCGUUGCAGCCAACAGUGACAGCGGCAGCGAGAGAAGGAACUACGUACGCGACCCGCUACACAUCCGCCUUCCGCACAACUCGCCGUACCGAGGACGACAGGCGACCGGUCGAAGCGGACAUCAUCCUGUGCACGUGACAGUUCGCUGGAGCGGGGCACGGCAGCGGCGGCAUCGCUUCCUCGCGCAGUACCCGGCCUUCGCGCGACUAGAGAGGGAGAUGCUCCUGCAGCUGCCGAUUCGCCGCGCGGCGCCGUGGGGGAGCUCAGAUGCUCAUGAGAUGGGGCUAAACGUGGUCGCGUGUGAAGAUGACAGUUACCGCAGAGUGGUGGAAAUAGUGCCGCGCCAGUGCUUCACGUCACCACGGGAGUCAGAAUCUGUGGAAGGCUCCGACGCCGCCAGAUCAACGGGUCGGUCCGCCGCACACCCGCAUCGUACCGUUGGUAACACCUCCUCUGACAACGCCCCACACGCUGACGUGCCACUGCACCUGAUGCAGCAGCUGUGCUCCAGUGACAGAGAAGCCAAUCAGACCACCACAACGGCAGCAACAGAACGACGCGCCUCAUCUUCUACCGCCAGCCGUCCCACUGCCCCCCACUCACACGCCCGCAUGCACGGCCUGAGCGAAGACGAGGAGAUUGUCUCGUGCGCUGUUACCCACAGCUCCGUCAUCAACAGCAGCAGCGGCAACGUCCUUGCGCCCCGUCUCUCCGGUCGGAAUCUGACGCUGAAGAGCUCGACGAUCCUGUCGCAGAGCACCACCCUCACGGCUGCGCGCACGUCAGCGCUCGGUAUUUCUGGCUCGGAACUGCCAACGCCAUCCAGCAUAGAGCAUUUCCCUUCCAUUUCUCACUGCGCUGCCUGCCAGCCGAACUCGAUUCUCAUCAUUCGAUCUCCUCCGCAGGACUACGUCGACGAAGCCGCGGCUUGCGGCUCCUACUACCACUCCCGCCAACUUGGCGUGGCAGAGAACGCGAACAAUUCUCGCAGGGUGAUGGGUCCUGUCAACGCCCACGGAAUUUGUGGGCUGCCGGGUGGUGUUGCCUCCGCCCACAGCCAGAGUCUCCUCCGCGUCACUUAUGUGACUGCGAACACGCACAGCAGUACACACGCGCUCUCUGCACAGCACCAAAGCCUUAAGCUCAGCACAGAUCGAGGCUCGAACCUGUCCACCCCUCAGUCCGUGAUAUCCGUCCCCUCCUGCGCCACCCCGUCUCUACAGCCGCCGCAGCAGCACAGCGGCCUCCGUGGCGUGGCCUACGGUCAGCCCCUGUACUCCCUGAACGCGAGCGGUCGCAACUUCUCUGAUCCCAUGGCAAGCGGGCACGUGUUGUCCAACUUGAACAGCCCCACACACGUAAACGCUGCCACAAAGACCCGUGGCGGCGUUGGCGAUGGUGGUGGGGCUGCGCACGCAGGUGGUGUCAUCCCUGCCUUGCAAUCGCCGCUGCCAUCUUUUCCCUCGAUGCCGCUGUUCCCGACCUCCCCCUUCUCCCCCGCGGUGACCGCGCCAAUGCUGCUGAUGCGGAGCGUAAAACGUUGCAGUUCCACUUCCACAAGCGCCGGUGGAGGUCAGGAGAAGCCGCCACCACUCAGCGUGAAAAGGGUGAUGACGCAGCGAGGUCGCUCAUUCCUUCUGCGUCAGCAACACCAACAAGAAGGCUCGAGUCAUGCGCCCCCAGGCGACUGCGCCCCUGUCGGUGUGGAGUACGGCACAGAGAUUCCGCCCCAUCCCUCACACGAGGACCCCCUCCCCCUCACGGCUGACACGGUGGCCUUCACUCCACUGGCGGUGCACAUGGCCUCCAACUUGUACAAGGACUCCAAACCUCCAAACUGGCAACUGGCGCAGGCGCUUCUCAGCUUGGCGCCGCCGCAGCCGCCGCCGCCUCCUCCUCCUCGAGCCUCGAGGCCUCUGGACGCCGCGCCGGGCGCCCCGCAACUCCUGGGAAACCAACAGGCCACUUCCGCCCAGCACCUCACAAGCGGUGGCGAAGGUGCAGACCACACACCCCGCAUCCCCGCGCAAAUACACUGGCAGUCCUCACACUUUUCGGUCAACUCGGUAGUACCCAGCGGUACUGGCGAGUCAUUUCAGUUGCUGCAGCAGCGCACCCACCCCUCUCACAUAGAAGUGACCCCCACCACUCUGUGCAGUGACGAGUGGUAUCUGCACCCUCUCAUGGGUGACGAGGGCGGCGCCAACCACAGCAGUGCCACCUACUGCAGCCACGCCUCCGUCUCGCAGGUAACGCAGCAGUAUGGGGACUCGUCCACGUCGUUCAUGCGGUGCGGCAGCGACAGCAGCCUGCCGGAGACGUCACUCUGCCCCUUGGCGUACACGCAAGCACGCCUCUACUCCACCAGCGAGAGCACGGCCUGGCGCGAGAACACCAGCAUCGCCACAGUCGCAGCGACGCCAGUCCUGUCCACAAUGUUGGCGCACGGCACCCCCACAGGGUCGUGCAUGAACUACCUCGGUAACUGCUACAGCCCCUUGUUCUUGGAGCCACAAACAUCGCUCUACCGGUCGCACCAGCACAACUUCACCAGCUUGGUGCGCUCACACCAGCGCGUAUCCAGUUGCUCUCUCGCGUCGACGUCCUUCCUCAGUCACCCGCUUGUGCGCACGCCCUCGCCAGGCCUGGCUCGUACAUCGCCCUUCGCCAACACCAUGGUGACCUCAACCGCUUCAGCACCACAGGUAUUCUGCAAGUACCAGCGGUCAGACCACCAGCGCCGCCGACACCGGCUCCUGCCACCGCUGCCGGGGAUGCGGUGCCCUGGUAUGGCUGGCAGACUCGCCUUCGACGCCUACCGCGCCGCAGUCCACAGCGGCGUCAUUACCGAAGAAGAAGAAUGCAGCUAUUACCUCAGCCAUCGUCGGUGCACCUCGGCGAGGGCGACACCAGUUGCGUCCUUGAUCAACCUGUACCGCCAGUCGGCGGCGGUGACACCGGCGCCUGGCAGUCCACUCUGCGUGGUGUCGCUGGCAGACUGCCACAUCCGCUCCCCUCUGGGCGUCACGCCCUUGAGUACAACGGAUGACGGGCACAACGCGAGGGCGCGCUGGGACGACGAGCAAGAAGAGAGCAGUGAAGUAGCGGUUGAACGUGAGGAGACCACCUCCGACACACUGCACUGCAUAUACCACAUCCCUCGCUGCUGUGAUGACCUGUACCACCGCGACGAGGAGGCGCUCGAGAUGCUCAGCAUCACGACGACCUCAUCCUGCGCCUUUGGGGCCGGUCUCGAUGGGCUCUGUUGGAAGGACUGGAUGCCAUCUUCUCCCGUAGAUGCGGGCGAAGACAUGCUGCGGGCAAUGGAGCAGGCCACCUCCACAGCAGCAGGAUCCCCGGCGUCCUCGUACGCGCGGGACUCGAGCCGCCUCUCUGCAAUCGUCCACAGCAGUAGUCGAAGGAGUCAGGACCCGCUUAGCAGCGGCCCGCUCGCAUCGCUGCCAACCCCUAGUGCGACCCCCGCUGCGGACUCCUUUUCGGCCGCCUCACCCACCAUUGCGGGCGCUGGUGCGCAGAACAGCACCAUCGCUGCGAGCAGCCGUCAAGCAUCGAGUGUGUUUGGGAACGGGGGAAGAGUGGCGCCGCGCAACUCCGAUGAUCUCGUCUGCGCCACCUGUCGUGCCCUCGACCCUGCGUUAACUGAGGGCGUAAGCAUGGACGACGCCUAUCUGCUCGCCACCUCGCCCGCCUACUGCGACGGUGGCGACAGCCCGCUACUGCAGCGCCACCACCGGCGCCAACACUCGUCCACUGGUAUGUCGUCCGAUUGCGAGAAUCACCGGAGCGCGCCGGGGAGCGGCAAACGUGCGUUCAUUGCGGAGUGGAUUGUCUCGAAGUUGCAGAAGCACAUGGAGAAAAAGAAGCAAAAGAUGCAGCGCAAGGCGCUAGAAUUUGAGGCCGCUACCACGACAGGCAAAGGCGGCACGGCGGCCGGAGUGGGCAGUACACGGAAGCCUCGCCUUGACGCCGGAUUAAAUCUGCUUUCGUCGCCUACCGGUGCGCUGCGGGGGCAUAGCGGUACGUCGAGCAUGUCCGAGCUGAGCGACAUCUGCUCGCCGUGCGGUGGCAACUCCGGCCAGCUUUCCAAGGGCUCUGCUAGCCGUCGCCAGCGGCUUGCCUACCUGGUCACGGCGUACCAGACGGAGCGCGUCAUUCACGAACAGAAGCGGCGCGAGGUGGAGGCGAACCACCGCGAGCUCGAGGCGCUUGUGCACCGCAGCCGCAUGAAGAUGACCCCAGCGGCGGCGGCGGCGGGCUACUACUACGAGGCUCAUGUAGUAACGUCCCCGUCCAUUACUCAGCCGCUCGCGCAGUCACACAGUAAACCCUUCGUCAAGGCGCCCUUGAAGCCCGCCACCACCAGCGCGGCGACGGUGGCAAAAAAGGCAGAUGCCAUCGGUGACGGCGCCACCAGAUGCAGUAACAAGUGCGCGAGUAGGACUGGGGAGCACAUUGAAGACCCGGCGAUGGAGAAGCACCCG